AUGGGGAAAGCUCAAAACACUCAUGCAGCUGCACCCGAUGAUGUCCGUGAAUCAUUAGCAGUGAAACCUCUUGUGUACAUCAUCGAGGACAUCUUUGAAGUGCAACCUGCCACCCCUAGUGCCGUCCCUGGCUUUGGUUUUGAUCAGGGAGCAACACAAAUGCAGCUAAAUGUAUUGGAUUACAAGGCUUUCCAAUUUGAUCGCAUGCUCGAUCUCUUGUCAUCUACCAUCAACGAAAUUUCCUGCAAGAUAUGCUGCAAGUUUCCUGGAGGUGGAGAUCAUGAACUUGCCACAACUUUGGAAAUAUUCAAAACCCUUAGAAGCUACGAGUGGGAUGCAAAAGCAGUGCUAGCGUUGGUUGCAUUUGCUUUGAACUUCGGUGAAUUCUUGGUGAUGCCACAACCUUUCUCCAGCAAUCCACUUGUGAAAUCAGUUUCACUACUCAAGGAAUUGCCAGAGCCUCAAGAGAGCGUAGACACACAUAAACUGAAAUUUGAGGAAGUUAGCAACGUCAUCAAGGCCGCGCUAAAUAUAACCAAAUGGAUUGUUGAGUUGAGAGAGUUUGAAUCUCAGAACGAUAUCAAUGCCGACCAAAUGAAGAUCUCCACGGCAGUUUAUUGGACCAUUCGAAGCAUUGUGGGUUGCGCAUCACAAAUUUUGGCCCUCGCUGGCUUAGGAUAUGAGAAAAUAUCAUCAAUAGAAAAGGCAAGUUUCGCCAAGAAUGUCAGCUUCAUACACGACGGUCUUAAGAUUCUACUCAAUCAAAUAACAGAGCAUGAAAGGUCUAAUGCAGACCGUCAAAGACUUGAAACACUGAAAGCACUCAUGAAAGAAGUGCCUACUGAUCACACAGAGGUUAUGAGAAGAUUGAUUUAUGCUAAAGAAGAUCAGCUACCUCUCCUCAAGGUCAAGGAUGAUACCAAGACAAGGGCUAGCAUCGAAGUGUUGAAGAGAAGGAAUGUGCUGCUCCUCAUUUCAAACAUGUACAUUGAUGAAGAGGUGUUCAUCCUAGACAAAAUGUAUAGAGAGUUUCCUGAUGAUCGAACAAGGGAGUAUGAAGUGGUGUGGAUACCAGUUGUGGACAUGUCAACCCUAUGGAGCCAAGCAAAGCAAGAUCAGUUUGAGAAUCGCCAGUCGAAAAUGCCAUGGUACUCUGUGUAUCACCCUUUAAUGAUCGACAAAGCAGUUAUCAUGUACAUCCAAGAAGUGUGGCAGUUCAUAAAGAAUCCCAUUAUUGUGGUAUUUGAUCGUGAAGGGAAAGUGAUCAACAGUAAUGCCUUCCACAUAAUCUGGAUUUGGGGAAGCCGUGCAUUCCCUUUCACCAGCAGUAAAGAAGCAGAACUUUGGACACAAGAGAUUUGGAGAAUUGAUUUUUUAGCCAACCAUAUAGAUGAGGCCAUUCAAACUUGGAUAGAAGAAGGAAACUACAUAUUCGUUUAUGGUGGAGGAAACAUAGAUUGGAUCAAGAAAUUCACAACAGCAGCACAGACAGUUGCGGAAGCUGCAGGCAUUAAAUUGCAGAUCCUUUACGUGGGGAAGAAGGACCCUACGGAGCUGAUUUGGGAAAACAUUUCCGUGAUUAAUGUGGAGAAGCUUAGCCAUUCAUUGCAAGAUCUCCCUCUGGUUUGGUUCUUUUGGGAGCGGUUAAAGAGCAUGUACCACUCUAGGAUGCAACUCGGCUAUACAGUGGAACAUGAUCUUAUAAUGAAGGAGAUUAAUACGAUUCUCAGUUUCGAUGAAAGUGAUGAAGGAUGGGCUGUGUUUUGCAGGGGUUCAGCCAUGGGUAUGGCCAAAAGUGAUACCAUUUUGCAAUGCUUGAGUGAUUUUGAAUUAUGGAGAACACAUGUGAAAGACAAGGAUAUUGUGACUGCACUCAGUCAUUAUCACCGUAAACUGUUAUUUGAGAAAAUCAUGGAAUCACCGCAAAAGGAUAACAUGAAGGUUCUAAGGAAAUUGAUUUAUGCUAAGGAAGAUCAACUACUUCUUCUUAAGGGUGACACCAAGGAAAAGGUCAACAUCGAAGUUUUGAAGAGUAAGAUAGUGCUGCUCCUCAUUUCAGACAUGGACAUCACCAUGGAUGAGUUACGCAUCCUACAGGAACUGAUUGCAUAUUCUGGUCAGUGUCUAAAUGGGAAAGAGAUUAAGUAUGAAGUGGUGUGGAUCCCAGUUGUGGACAGGUCAACCGCAUUGGCCAAAGCAAAGCAAAAUCAAUUUGAGAAUCUCCUGUGGAAAAUGCCAUGGUAUUCUGUGUAUGAUCAUUCAAUGGUCGAUCCAGGAGUGAUCACGUACAUAAAGAUAGUGUGGCAGUUCAAGGAGAAACCUAUAGUUGUGGUAAUUGAUCCGGAAGGGGAAAUGGUCAACAAUAAUGCCUUCCACAUGCUCCGGAUUUGGGGAAUCCUUGCAUUCCCUUUCACUAGGAGCAAGGAGGCAGAACUUUGGACACGACAGACUUGGGGAAUUGAGUUGUUAGCAGAAAAUAUAGAUAAAAUCAUUGCCUCUUGGAUAGAAGAAGAAAAGUACAUAUGCUUGUAUGGUGGAGACGACAUAGAAUGGAUCAGGAAAUUCACAGCCACUGCAAAGACAGUCGCACAAGCUGCAGGCAUUCCAUUGGAAAUCCUUUAUGUGGGGAAGAGCAACCCUGAAGAGAAAAUUCAAGAAAAUAUCUCCAGCAUUUUGGUGGAGAAGCUUAGCUCCACAUUGCUAGAACCCUAUCUGGUUUGGUUUUUCUGGAAGCGGAUAGAGAGCAUGUGGAACUCUAAGAUACAACUCAGCCGUGAACUGGAAAAUGAUCCUACAAUGCACGAGAUUUUAACAAUGCUUAGCUUUGAUAGUAGUGAUGAAGGAUGGGCUAUGUUUUGCAGGGGAAGAGAAACAGCCAUGGCUGAGGCCAAGGGUGAAACCAUUUUGCAGUGCUUAGAAGAUUUUGAUUCAUGGAAAAUGAACGAAAUAGAGAACAGCUGCUGCACACCUCAUACUUUGACAGACAUUGUCAAUACACCUGCAGCAUUAAUUUAUCUUGAUAAACCUGCAACAUUAGUUUAUCUUAGUUUCGUCUUGGAGAAGUGCCAGCUUAAAGCAAUUGCCUGCAAGCUUCCUAUGUUUCUGGAUUCAUCUGGUAAUUUUAAGGAGUAUCAUUCAAUAUUCUAUAUGUUUUACUGUAAUAAAAGAAACAGAAUCCUGGUGUUAGAUGAAGCAACUGCAUCAAUUGACUCGGCUACAGAUGCCACUCUGCAAAGAAUAAUUCGAGAAAAUUUUCCGGGAUGCACAAUGAUAACUAUAGCUCACAUAUUUCCCACAAUAACAGAUCGUGACAUGGUUAUGGUCCUCUCUUAUGGUAUGAUUCCAUCCACCAUGCUUAUACCUAACCCAAAACUCAAUAGCUCCAAACUCUGA